GGACGCGCGCACGCAGCAGCGUUUUAUUGAAGCAGAGCGGAGCCCAAGAGGAGCGAAACAUGGCGACCUCGAAUAAUCCGCGAAAAUUCAGCGAAAAGAUCGCGUUACACAACCAGAAGCAAGCGGAAGAGACAGCCGCGUUCGAGGAGGUGAUGAAAGACCUGAGCAUUACUCGCGCGGCGCGUUUACAAUUACAGAAGACUCAGUAUUUACAGCUCGGUCAGAACCGAGGACAGUACUAUGGCGGCUCUUUGCCAAAUGUCAAUCAGAUCGGAAACACCACCAUUGACCUUACCUUUCAGACUCCUUUUCAGAAUUCGGGAUUUGACACAAGCAGAACAACUCGUCACCAUGGGCUGGUGGACAGGGUCUACCGGGACAGGAAUCGCAUCACGUCGCCACACCGCAGACCUCUCUCUGUGGACAAACAUGGCCGUCAAAUUGAUAGCUGUCCGUAUGCCUCUGUGUAUCUGUCACCCCCAUCUGAUACCAGCUGGAGGAGGACCAACUCAGACUCUGCCCUGCAUCAGAGCACUUUGAACCCAAACCCACAAGAUGCAUUUGCAGGAGGGUCUCAAGAUUUGCAGCCAAAACAAGUUCUUCUUCUCACGAUGCCAGGAACAGGGGAAUCUGAAAGUGACAUGGACAGAGAAGGUCAAAAGCAGAUAUGGGAUCACAAAAAGACUACUUCACCAAGGCCCAAGUCAAACAAAAUACCAGGAAUAAACAUAUUUCCAUCUCCAGAUCAGGAAAUGAUUGCAUCUCUAAUCCCAGUGGCACACAACACGGGCGGCUCUCUGCCAGACCUGACCAACAUCCAGAUUCCCCCUCCUCUCACCACACCCCUGGACCCUGAUGACUCCUCUUCCUCUCUCAGUGCCUCCAACAGCACUGGCAACCUGGCCAACACUCACAUGGGCCUCACGUCUGUCAGCCAAGGUGUGACAUCAGCCCAGCCCACAGCGACAGUGAGCGUUCAGCGCCGCCAUGAGAAUGUAGUUCCUCUGAUCCUCAACACAGACUCCCAGCAGCACCCGAGUCUUCAGCAGCUGUCGCCCACCCUCUCUCCUCCGCUCUCUCUCGCACAGGCGGUGACGAUAGACGCCAUGAUGCUGGAGCAGCAGUUGGCUCAGUAUGCAUUCUUCAGUCAGCCGUCCACACAGACACAGGGGGUCGGUGGGUUUCCCCAGCUCCAGCAGAACACCCAGCUGCCACCUGUCUCUGGCAGCCAGACGCAAACCUCUGUGGGCAUUGAUAUUAACACGGCUGCUUCCCUCCAGCAGUACCGCUGUAGGGUGGGGUCUUCGGCCAAUCAGUCUCCAACCUCUCCGGUCUCCAAUCAAGGCUUCUCUCCGGGGGGCUCGCCUCAACACUCAUCCAUUCUCGGAAGUGUCUUUGGUGAUGCCUUUUACGACCAGCAGCUGUCCCCUCGGCAGACCAUCGCUUUGUCUCAGCAGCUGGAGCAGUUUAACAUGAUUGAGAAUCCCAUCAGCUCAAACAGUCUGUACACUGAGGGAUCCACUCUGAACUACUCUCAAGCUGCGAUGCUAAACCUCACCGGGAGCCACGGCAGCCUGCAGGACGCGCAGCAGCUAGGCUACAGCAGCCAUGGGAACAUCCCCAACAUCAUUCUCACAGGUGACGUGAGCUUUGACGCAGAUUCCCAGUUCCCUCUGGAUGAGCUGAAAAUCGAUCCGCUGACGCUGGACGGCCUGCACAUGCUCAACGAUCCAGACAUGGUUCUGGCCGACCCUGCAACAGAAGAUGCUUUCCGGAUGGACAGGCUGUAAAUCUUUAGGUAUACCAUGUUCAUUUUUCCUUCUUUGAGAUGGGUGUUUAAAUGGGAGAGAAGCAGCAUGUCUGGGGGACACUUUGACCCUGUUUCUCAAAGCCCAUCCUCUGGGAAGAGAUUGCUGAGAAUGCUGCCACAGCAUGCUAGGGGAAAAAUGGGAAAGCAGUGCUGCCACAUCUAACGAAUCAACCUUUUGAGCAAGCAGCCCAUCGUUUCUUAGGAUAAUACACUCGCACCUCAGCAAUUGUGGUUCCUUUAGCUCUAUAGAGAGAAUGUGACACUACAUAAGAGCCCUGUUAACAUUCAAACAUGUGUUCUUCCAUUUCAUUUCCUCCUUCUGAUGCCUGCCAUACAUGCCUGUUGCUUUCCUUUUUCUUUAAAUACAAAUAUUUAGUUAUGCACUUUUAUACAUGCAUGUGCCACCAAAAACAUUGUUUAUGAUCCGUUUUUAAUUUAUUUUCCUAUACAAAUAUUUCUUGCUUGUAACAAGAACAUUAAUGGUUUAAAAGGAGUGUUAAUCCUCCCCAUUUUAAGGGCAGCUUUCAUGCACCUGCAACACGUCAACACUAAUGUACUUCAGUACAGUCUGAACAUAUGAUUGUAAUGUUUUAUAGAUGUCUAGUUUUGUCACGUCGUUCUCAGAUAGUGGUACAGUGCUAAUGUGGCUCAAGAUGAUCAAAUUCAUCUAGCUGAAAAGUGUUCAACUGGAAAUCGUAAUAUCAAAAAACACAUUUACACGUUUAAUGGGAUUAUUCAUGCAAAAAAUGAAAGUUCCGUUAUCAUUUGCUCACCCUCGUGUUGUUUCAAGUCUGUAUGACUUUUAU